UGUUUGACAGAGUGGAAGAUUGAAUGCUUGCUUAAUAAGUCACUUUACCACUACUAACUACCAAAAGUGACAUCCUGUUUUAUGUCCAAUACAAUAAGUUUAGCUUCAGCCCAGCAAAGAUAUGGCUCUGUUUUGUCCAUGGGUCAAUUGUGUCCUGCAUGGCGUGGUGUCUACUCGUACCAAUCAGUUCAUCUACAAUUUUGUAUAUAAACCCUAACCAUGCCAUCCAAGAUGCCUCACACUCACUUUUGCCCACAACCCAUUUCUGAAAAUGCCUCAGUACUACAUUCUCUUCCUAUUCUUUCUCAUUUUCUUCUCCUCCUCUUCUCAUGCUUCUGUCCAAGACUUUUGUGUGGCAGACUUGAAAGGCCCAGAUGGCCCUGCAGGCUACCCUUGCAAGAGCCCUGCUAAUGUCACUGUCAGUGACUUUGUGUUCUCUGGCCUGGCCAAAGGUGGAAACACCACCAACAUAAUCAAAGCUGCUGUGACCCCUGCAUUUGUGGCUCAGUUUCCUGGUGUCAAUGGGCUUGGCCUCUCUAUGGCAAGGCUAGACUUAGCGCCAGGUGGCGUCAUCCCAUUCCACACACACCCUGGUGCUUCAGAAAUUCUGGUUGUGACAAGAGGACACAUCACAGCAGGCUUUGUUUCCUCAGCCAGCACUGUGUACUUGGAGACUCUUAAGAAGGGAGAUGUCAUGGUUUUCCCUCAAGGGUUGCUGCAUUUUCAAGUGAAUGCUGCUAAAAUACACUCCAGUGCUUUUGUUAGCUUCAGCAGUGCAAGCCCUGGUCUCCAAAUCCUUGACUUUGCCCUCUUUGCUAACAACUUGCCUUCUGCAUUGGUGGGGCAGACCACUUUCCUUGACCUUGCUCAGAUCAAGAAGCUUAAGGGUGUUCUUGGUGGCACUGGCUAAGCCUUGCUGAUUUGUUAAUUGAGGUUUUUUUCUUCCUUGUAAGAUUGUACUUUUUUGCUCUGCAUCUAUAAUUACGCAUUUAUUUAGUUCAAUAUGUAUUUUUGGUCUUGUAUCCAUUCAUAAAGUUUUCAUGCAAUAACUUAACCCAAAAAAAAA